AUGAACAAGAUUUUUGUACUGGGUUCUAUGCUUGGCAGUGCCAUUGCGUUCAGCAAUACCUGCAUAGACAUUGAAUUUGAUUCCGAGACAAACGUCCUUUCAGCACGUUGCCUACCCCGGGACAACUCGGCCUACCUCCCAACCGGGCUGGACCUUAACAGGUGCUUUGGAUACAACGAUGAGGAACUAACAUGGGAGAAGAGGAACUACAGCGACAGCUGUAAAAACUGCCGUAUGUUUAAAGCGCCCGAUCCGUGGUUCGGGUACAACGUGUACUGGCUCGGGUGCGCAUGUGAAGGCCAGAGCGAGGAAGAAACUGUUUGCAUUGAAAUAGCAGUUGCGCAUGAGUAUGUCCACAACGAUAACGGUGUUCUCACAUGUUGA